AAGAACAUACAUUUAAAAUGUCUUACGACAGCAUUCAGUAUAAUCGAUUCUAUUACAAUAAUUUAUGUCAUGUCUGCAAAGAGUCCAACCAAAAUUUGAAAAGAUGCUCUGUGUGUAAGACAGUAGCUUAUUGUUCAAGAGACCAUCAGAAACAAGACUGGAAAUUUCAUAAAGAUUUAUGCAAGGCAAUAGCCAAGGUAGAUGAAAUUUUGAAAUAUUCCACCAUAAGCACCUUUGAAGAUUUUAGAAAAUAUAAUGUGUCCAAAAGCAUACUGUGGCAUAAAGAAUUAUGCAGGAAGCUUGACGAUUUUGAAUGUCAAAUGUGGAUGUUUCCUAGAGUCUGUGCUAAAUGUUUUUCCAGAAAGGUUAUUAUUGAUUGUCCCAACUGCCUCAAUGUGUCAUAUUGUUCAGAACAACAUAAGAAUGACCAUGAAAAACAGCAUUCUGAAUUUUGUGGUGCUCUAAAAUUGUGCAUGGAUAUAGAUUUAUAUAACUUCCAUGAAAAAUACAGUACUCCUAAGAUCGCAGUACAUGAUUUUGAACCUGAAGUUAAUAUAUUACCAAAUAAUCUUCAAGAACUGAUGCGAAUGUAUGAGAAGUGCAGUGUACCAAAAGAAAACAACUCGAAGAAAUUUAUAAAAUUUAUAAUUAGAUCAAAUGUCAUAGCUCCUGCGGCUACUAUUCUCUAUGGAAUGGAAGAGUCCGGGCUCUUAACAAAUCGUUUUUUGAACAAACCAGAUUUAACUGUGCAUAUUGUGGGGGCUGCACUCACAGAAAUGGCUUGGUUUUGGAAACUAAUAACGGAACUCCCUUUUCAUUGGAUAAAGGAUCUGAAAAGUUUGAACUUUUACGUCAUAGGUCCAGAGAUAAGACAUGAAGGUGUUAGGAAAAAAUUCACACAGCAACUCUGUGAUAGUUGUAAAGCAAAAAAUCCUUCGAGUAAGAUUGUAUUCUGCUGGAAACUUUACCAUGAAGUAGCCGAAUCUAUAGAUAAGCCAGACAUUGUGGUGGUAUUCAACAGCGGAUUGCAUGAAUUCGGUGAUAAUCCGUGGGAUCCUAGCAUAGACUGUUUAACAAUGUAUUCGAAUGUGCCACUUUUGUUAACGGCCUAUACACUGAAUGAAAUCAAACAAGAUAUUUGUACAUUGAUAUCGAAGAGUAGUCAUAAAGUUAACGUUGUUUUGGAACCUCAAAAAAAUCCAUUCUCCAAUAUGACUCCGGUACGGGACUGGGAAACUGAAAAUAGUCCAGUUUUUUAUGUCAAUGGAUACCUUGCCAUUCUCAAGGCAGAGUGAGGAGAAACGUUUUUUGGAGUACUUACAUGUUAUUCUGAAUUAAAGAUUAAAUUUAAAAAUCUUUCUAUGGUUACUGACUUGCAAAAUUACUAUUAAUCUAGUAGCACUGUAAAUGACAAACAUCUUGUAAAAUGUUCGAAAAGCUAAACAAAAUUUAUUUAAAUAAUUUUGUA